AUGGACAUUUCCGUAGUGGACGCAGAACUGCGACAAUCUAAGUUGGACAAACAGCGCGACCUUCUGAUAAAAAAGCGCAAACAAAAGCACGCUCAUCAAGUCCUCUCACUGCACGAAAAGUCUCUGAAAGCCGCCGUUGGCACGGCGCCACGAAGCCCAAAGUCUGCGAAGCACUUAGAACGGGCCUCUGCUGAUAACAAUGAGCAGAAUUAUUAUGGUGUGUUUUGGUCUCGAUUGUAAUUUAUUUUAGUACAGUGUUAUUUGUUAAACCUAACAGGCAGUUAAUAAUGUUCUGUAAAGUCAUAUCUGGACGUAUUUACCUGUAUGUGGGUCCUUCAGGAAGUUUAACUCGGGAUUUUGUAAUUAAUCGAGGACAUUGCAUAAUGAUGUUCAGUUAUUUAUACCGUCUAUUCAGAAAUUGAUGCAUGUUUACUUAUUUCGGCAGCAACUUCAAUCAAUCGAAUAAACAGUAAAUGAUUAAUGCGAGAGAAGUCAAUGAUGUUACCAGACUGAUAAAGUCGAAUAAGGCUCAUACAGCAGUUUUUUUGGACGCAUUCAUGUUCUAUUCAACAAAAAAUGCAUCCGCCUAUUAUAAACAACCCGGAACGCGACGUAUUUUGACGUUCCCAGCCGACAAACACAAGUUAAGUUUGCUUCUAUUGGGUGUACGGUAUCGGUUGGAGCGCCUCAUGUGGUCUAACUUACGGUAUACUAGAAUGUUUCUCAGAAACCUAGGUCACAAUAUACCUCGAGAAGCCACUGAACUUAAAUUUCUGUAGGCAGUAGGGAGCAGAGUUUUCUAAGAAAGAGUGCCACUUGCGCUGGAACGAACUUGCAGCUGUCCAACUAGAAGGAUUCUCCUCGCAAGCCUGGGGAUACCAUGUGGAACACUUGAAUGGAUCUGACUGACAAUGGUGGUGAUCCCCUAGGUCUGACCAGCGUUUUUACAGUUAAGGAAAUACAGAGCCGUUUGUCAAGGCCAUUUCAAUUGCAGAAGGUUGAAAAGUGUUACUAAAUUAGGGGAUAUGGGACUCAUAACUCUGUUCUGCGGCAUUUCGACCUGAAAAUACACUCUUUUUUCUUGGUUUCCCUAAAUUGGUUUGCUCUGAAAAUUUGAUGUCAUGCCUUCAGGACUGAUUAUAAUGCGCUUUGUUUACUGGAGGAGGCGGCUCGCGUUUGUUUUGUAGUUCCUUGAAUUUUUCUUUUCAUAUUUUGUGAAAGCCUGCAGGAAAUUCGUCCCAGAUAUAAUCUUUCUGUUGGCCCCCAUACGUCAUUAAAGGGAAUUAGCCGUUUGACAGAAGAAGCACUUGUGCGUACAUUUCAAAAAUACUGAAAAUUCGACGAUUUUAGAAUCUAAUGACUGUCGAUUCGUUACUACCCUUUUUGCGUUGGGCAUCUCCUACACGCUUAACACCUCUACGUCGAACACCUAGCUAGCUUUAAAUACGCCAGUGGCUAUUUCCUAGUUGACUGCAGUCCUGUGUUCCAUGGGCUCGCUUAUGCGGCAAGGUGGAGGACACAUAGCUCCGGGCUCGUGUGUCGUGACGAACAAAAGGUCAUGCAUCUGGACACUGGUAACGUUUGCAGAGAUACGCAUGCUUCGGCCGUUAAAGCUAUUUACGUUGGUUUGAUACAUAUCGUGGAUUUUUGAGUGCUCCACCGGGUGGCCGAAAAGGUAAGCAUGGAACGGAUUGGCCGAAUAAGUAAUGCCGUUUUAUACCUUCCUGAUAAAGGCACUUGAAGUCAACCUAAAGUGUUCGUCUACAUACCACAUAUCCCCAUAUAGGACACUGUGAAGGGCGAGAAAUACCAUAGAUGUGGAUUUUGAUACUAGUCGGGUCAUCACCCAAAACGCAUUAUUUGUGGGCCGCUGCUCUGUAUUGAGCAUCCGUGUGAAGUUCAGAGCAGGUCGAGGUCAAUGCUUAUUUUGGCCUGCAGUCCGCUAUGCAUCCUUUCGAGCAUUAACCGUGGUCGACUGCGGACGCCCCGAAACUGCGCACUGCAGCUGUCAAGAUUGCGUAUUUCCGCUGACUUUUACCUUGCUCCAUCCGAUUCGAGACUCCGAUUACCCGUGAGCUCUAACCGGCAUUGGUGGCAGUGAAGAAAUUCAUCAGUUCGAUGAAGUCCCUUCUAGUUGACGUCUGUACCUAAAAAAUGCGACUAUUCUGCACUGAUCAUGUGUUUUGCAUCGGGUCCAUAAGACUAGUUUCUAUCUGAUAGGAAAUGUCAGGUUUGGGAAUAAGAUAGGAUCGCUGAAGCAAGAAAAUUUUCCGCCUGGCGUUUCGGAUGCUCACAUCAAUGAACCGCCGGAUACAGUCAUAGAUAAGAAGUGAUGGACUGUGACAGUCUCUGACGGGGGGACGGAGAUGGGACAAGUAACGCUCUAUAGCUCGCGUUUUUGCUCAUGUCUGUAACUCCCGCGUCUCUGUCCGUCAUUCUUGGUGAACUGAUCUUGUUGCCGCCUGAACGCUCCGGAAAUUCUGUAACAGCAGUUCAGAUGACCCCUCAGAGCAUACUUCACUUGUUCAAAGCAUUUUUCUUUUCUUCGAUGGAACUUUAUUUCAUGCCCUAUUUCGCCCUGAAAGCCUUGUCCAGGCGCCCAUAAUCAGCUUUUUAUCGCUUUCCCUCCGAAAACUAACAGUACUGUCGUAUCAACCGUUUCGUUCUUGGGAGACGAGGGUCCUAACUUUCGGUUAAAAAAUCAUCUUUUUCGUUGACAAACCAUGUUGGUAUUUAUCCCAAUCGAUAAGUAGUUAAUGAAUCACCAGUGGUAAGAAUGAAGCUCCAUCCAGCGUCCUCUUCUUGCGGCUGCAAAAAAAUACGAUAUUAGGGACGGGAAGAUUCAGCCUCGGGUAGGUGUUCGGAGACCCAUUUUUGCUACGGUCGCUAACAACGUGAGGAGCGCAUAUGCUGUCUAAGGGUUGCAUGGCUUGUUCCAACUUCGGCACAGGAUUCGGGGUGCCUGAAUGAGAUCCUUAGGCAGUAUUUACAUUCUUCUAGAAGCAUUCCUACACAUAGUCACGGACUGUCAGUAUGGAAGAAUGGCGAAUUUCAUAGCCGCUGAAUGAGUCUUGUCACGAGAUGAUAAUCGUUAAUUUCCCCCGGGGAGAGGGAGAAAAACAGCUUCCAAACGGACCUCCUUGAUGGACAGUAGUUUCGAAUAAAACGUAUCCUGUCCGGUCUGCAUUGGUUUUCUCCUGUACCGAUAGUUCGAUCUUGAUGACGGUAGUAAUUUCUACCCUGUUCCGACAAAAUUUGAGAGCAACCAUAUCGUCUCCCGUUUCAGAUCGACUAGCCGCGGGCAUUGUCUAGAAGCUAGUCGAUGCGGCACAGUAAUGGAACCGGCUACUGAUCGUAGUUGCGGUGUCUGGACCGCGUUUACUUCAUCCAACUACCACAACCGGCAGUGUGUGUGGAAGAUGAUAGAAGUAGCAAUAUAAAGGCUGAUGGCUAUGUUCAGCUCCCAUAUUUAGUCUCUAAAAACGAGACACUAAUUUUUUUGGCCGAUUUAGCUGCUAGUAGCCUGCAGAUCCUGUCAUAUGGUAGUAAUGGGAUUUUACGGUUAGGUGAGAGUGCCCAAAACGCAAGAUCCAACGCAAAAAGGUACUGACGAACGAACUCUGGCUUGCGAUACGUGGUUAGUGUGCUGUUGCUUUAUUGCUAGAAAGAUAAAGACCCUCUCAUUGGGAACAAAAUAAUAGUAAUCGGGAGCGAACGAAGCUCGCAACCCCUGAAAUAAGUUGAGAACCCAAAUGGUACGAUCGCUUGUCGACUGUCUGAGCUGAGAUCACGGGGAGUAUGACAGGAUCUACAGGCUACCAACAGCUAAUUGGCGUCCUUCAGCCUAUCGUUGCCAUUGUUUGGUCUUCCGGAGCAAGCGAACCCAAUCUGACAAAUAUUUGCAUUGAUGUGGCAGCUGAAAAAGUGCCUCAAUCCCACCUAUAGAUCUCCUGCACCGUGUGGGCGCGAUCAGCAUCGGUCACAUUACUCCUCCCCCCUCCCACAACAGGCUGGGCUGUAGAUGGGCUGAACCAUAAGGCGAGCCAGACUAACUCAUGGUACGCGUUUAUCAAAAUGCGCUGAGUCCGCAUGGGCACGCAAUCAACACCAUAUAUGUGUACAGUUGAUGGGCUAAUUCAUGAAAUGUCAACCGAAAUUCCAAAAUGCGUUUUCGUUUCGAAAAGAUUAAUUAAGUAGGGUUGUAAAAAUAGUCAGCCUGCAACAUAAUUUUAAAAUACUUUAGUUACCCCAGGAUGCAGGCAUUCGAAUGAAUUUCCUUCCGACUGCGUGCAAAAACUACACCCAGUAAACAAUGACUACUUAUGCAGCAUGACUUUUUCUCAUUGAUUUUCGAUGCCACUAAAAGUUCUGAAAAGCAUGCAUAAAAAUAUUCAUUUUUUUGCCCAUUCGGUAGAAAUUUACGUCUUCUUCUAAUUCGAUACUCGAAGGAGAGACAUAAUUCGGUCUUAAAGUUUCUAAUUGUGGAACUUUUAAAUACCGUGAAAUGGCCGUUCACAAAUUCUCAUAUCUCUGCACUUACCAAUAUGGCUCGUAAAGUCAACAAUGAGGAUCAAAUCCACUGCCUAAUUUUAUGAAACCUGUAUGGUUCCGCUUUAUUACCGUAGAGAAAUGUGCGGUUUUUCGUACGCGGAAAAUAUAAUGCUUGUAGUUUGUAAACCCUGAAUCCAAGCGUGCCGAUAGAGCGGGUUCAAAAUUAAUCGGGAAUUGGAAAUAUUUUCGAAAACAGAAUUAUGUCCCUCCUUCGAGUAAAAAAUUAGAAGUAGAUGUAAGUUUCUACCGAAUGAGCAAAAGAAUGAAUAUUUUUAUUUAUGCUUUCCAUGAAAUAUAAUUGGCCUUUAGGGGCAUCAAAAAUCAACGAGAAAAAUGCAUGCUGCUUAAGUAGUCAUUUUUUACUGAGUGUAGUUUUUGCAUGCAGUCGGAAGGAAGUUCGGUUUUAAAGAAGUUUCUAAUUGCGAGACCUCUUAAGAUCGUGAACUAUUCAUUCAUACAACAUCGCAUCAGCGCUUUCAUCAAUGCUUUUUACAAAGUAUACAACAUAGCCCAUAGCAACUGCACAACUUCACGAGUCCCAUAUGACGUCGUCUUAAGAGCGUAAAUAGAUGUAUGAUAAUCUUUUGAUGGAAUGUAUGCAGCGUGUAGUCUGUAAACUCUGAACGCACAUCUAGCGACAGAUGGGAUAGAAAAUUAUUUGGGGGUUGAAAAAGUGUUGAAAAACCCAAAAGGGACUUGCUCUACAAAUAGAAAUUUUAAAGACUUAAGUUGCUGCCAAAUGAGUGUAGGAGAGCAUACUUUUGUGCGCGUCUUCUAUGUAAUAUAUUUGAAUCCAUAAGGGCACCGGAAAUCACUGGGAGAUCAUACUGCUUAAGUAGGCAUUUUUACAGAGUGCAGAUUCUUCAGACGGCCGAAAAGAAGCUCAUUCAAGAGCUGGUAGCCUGGAGUGACCGAAAUAUCUUAGGGCUAUACUGCCCGAUAAUUAAUAUUGCAACCCUACAAAAAUAAUCUUAAGUGAAGAAGAAGCGUCGAGCACCGGAACACUGUUUAUUGUCCUGAGCUUUCAGACUCGUACAGGAGUCCAUCGGCAGAAAUAGUAGCAGCAACAGAACAAGCGACAUUUAUAGGGCAUGUAGGUCAAUCAUCGACCGACGGCGCAAGACUGGAAGUGACUACGCAGGGUUCUGUACGCCGCCGCCAGGUCGAUAAAUCGAUUGACUGAGUUCUCAUCCGAGGUUCAGGCUUCAAUCAAUUCUCGGCCUGUUUUGUUUCCGGCGUGGGCGACUAUUUUAUUGGCUGCGAGGUUAAACUCGUGACACAUUUCGUAGGGGUGGGCGGCCACUUGUGAUAAUGCGUCGCCUCGUCGGACAGCCAGUUUAUGUUCGUGUAUGCGCGAUCUGAGCAUGCACCCAGUCUGCCCUGUGUAGUUACAAGGACGGUUUUGACACGGAAUGUGAUACACUACUUCAGAUUGCUCGUCAGGCUUCAACCGGUCUUUAAUUCUCAUUACCCUAUUGCGCAUGGUGGCUUUUGGGGCGGUUUGCAAUUCCAACACCUAGCUCGGCAGCAAUGCGCUCGGUCAUUUCUGAAACGCCCUUGAUGCAUGGCAGAGAAUGCCAUAUCGUCGGUGAUGUUGAUCAUUCGAUUUAUCGAUCUGGCGCUGGCGAACAGAACCCUGCGUGGUCACCUCCAGUCUUACGCCUUCAUUCGAUGAUUGACCCACAUGCCCUAAAACUGUCGUUUGUCCUGUUGCUGCUACCACCUCUGACGCUGGAGGCCUGCAGGAGUCUAAAAACUCAGGACAAUAAACGAAGUGUUUCGGUGCUCGACCCUUUUUCUUCACUAAUGCAUACACCUGGAACUCAAAAUUUCGCAUUCACACGUUUAUUAUCUGAGAUUAAGCCAUCAGCACUUGCUCGGGUUUCGGUUGUCGGACAAUCUGCGUUCGGAAGGCCGCAUAUCGGUGUAAGGAUUUGUUAUUGGCUGUCUAUUGCGUUAGUGUGGUGCUUUGUAUCUCAGCAAAACAAGCGGAUAAGGAGAAAGAAAUUUCUCCCCUUAAGUCCAACACUAUCGAGCUACGAUGUUAGUUCUCCCAUGCUUUUAUCAGAUGACGACUUAGAGUCCUUGUAGUGCACAUUCAUACCGUCCUAUUGCCUGUUGACUGCUACUUACAGUGAGUGACCGGUCUUAUGAAAUGUUGGCUGAAAUUCUGCAAUGCGUUUUCUAUUAGGAAGAAUUACUUAAGUGGGGUUGUUAUACUGAUUAUCAUGCAGCAUAACCCUAUAACAUUUCGGAUAUGGGCUUUGAAGUGCACUUCUUUUUAAUCUCCUGUAGAAAGCGUGCUCGGUAAAAAUGACUACUUAUGUAGCAUUCAUUUUUCCCAUUGAUUUUCGAGGGUCUUGGAAAUUUAAAUAUAUUUUAUAAAAACCAUUGACGAAAAUAUGCUUUCUUUUAGUCAAUCAAUAGAGAAUCACGUCUUCUUCAUAUUUAAUACAUAAAAAAGAAUUAUAAUUAGGUUUUAAAAAAGUUUCUAAUUAUGAGACUUUUUAAGACCACGAAAUGUCCAUUCACAUAGCAUCGUACCUGGCCGUUUACGACUGCUCCUCUUGAAAUGUACAACAUAGUCCGUAUCCAUUGCAAAAUUUUAUAAACUCUGUAUGGUAUCUCUUUAAUGGCAUAGAAAAAUAUGUGAUUUUCUUCACGCGGAACGCAUGCACCUUGUAGGCUGAAAUCAUUAAGUGCUAAUGCUACGAAUGAUCAGGCUCCAAAUUAUUCGGCAAGUAGGAAACUUUUUUAAAACCUAAUUAUACUCCUUCCUUAAGUGUAAAAUAUAAAGAUGACGUGAUUCUCUAUUGAGUGACUAAAAGAAAGCAUAUUUUCGUCAAUGAUUUCUAUAAAAAUAUAUUUAAAUUUGCAAGACCAUCGAAAAUCAAUGGGAAAAAUGCAUGCUUCUUAAGUAGUCAUUUUUUACCGAGUACGCUUUCUACAGGAGAUUAAAAAGAAGUGCAUUUAAAAGAUGAUGUACUGCCGAGUCCGAAAUGUUAUAAGAGUAUGUCGCAAGAUAAUCAGUAUUGCAACCGCGACCAAGUAAUCCUUCCUAAUCGAAAACACAUUUCAGAAUUUCAGCUAACAUUUCAUGAGAUCGGUCACUCACUGUAAUUGGACGUGCUCAUAAAGGUUAGCUGAAAGACUUCACAAAGAAAGAACACUAGUCUUUACGGCGAUGAUGCAACGAAGCGCAUGUCCCUGCAAGAACACUCUGCUUUUUGGGUCUUUGCUGGCGAUGACCAAAUAAACGAUCCCAGCUGUGUUAUCGAAGAAGACUGCGCCGAUGCAUUAGAUCGCAGAGGAUGCAAAUCCGAAAAUGUGAUAGCAUCCGAAACCUUCAAGCGUACGUGCCAGACGAAGUUCACUAGGGGCGCGGGAAGCCGACACUUCCGAAUGGUGAUGGGUAGGAACUGAGGUUCCCAGGGGUCAAUAAGAACCGCAGACAACGGAACCGGCUCUGCACUACCGGUGACCUAAAUCAAGCCUAUGUGCAUCCUAGACGUUAGUUGCGGAAAAGUCUGCGCUCAGACAGACGGUCAAGGCAAAGACUAUGGUUUGGUGCACCCUGGCUGAGCUGGAAAGAUCACUCCCUUAAUUUUCCAUCUGUUCACUUUUAACUGCCUUGGGCAUGGUUUUGUUUGUGCAUCUCCUAAAGUCACCGUCUGUGACUUCGACUCUCGGUCGCUUUCUGUUGCCGAAAUUCCAGCACUAGCUAGACACGCAUAAAACAGUGAACCUCAAAGGAUGAACCAGAUAACAAAGUCAGGGUAAGGUAAUUUUCAAGCGGCUAGAGCCGAUAUUUCAGUGGAUGCGGCUGACGGCAGACACCCCUCUAGGGACUUCUUGCCACCAAAGGGGAAGAAAGAGCUUGGUCCAGCCGGAAAGUGUCUGCAGUUAUUCAUCAAAACCGAUUGUAUACUGCAUGAAUGGCACAUAUGAAAAGGGUUCGAAGAAGUUUGAACUCUCAGGGGGUUUACACCAAAAGGGGUAUUGCCUAGCAAGGAAUUUUGCUAUGAACUGCUGCACUCACGCGACCAAUGGCCGCGCUAGUUUCAGAAUUGGCCUAUGCAAAGCUGCGAACGUCCCGACAACAACGGGUCCUUGUCCACGUUUAUCUGCAAAUUACGGAAAUCGACUUUCGGCCGUCAGGAGGCCAAUGUGACUACUUCGCUAAAAUCACCAAUGCUCGGUGGCAAGCUCGCUGACCUGUUUACCUGUGUGAUAAAUGGGAUUGGUGGAACUGACUUAUGUGGCUCCUUAAAUAGGACAUGAAAACAGGAACCGCUUACAUUACUGGUGGCUUUGUGCCAACUUCCAGCGAAGUUAGGAUUAGGUUUAAGAUUAGGGCUAGUAUCAGGUUAAGGAUUAGGUUAAGUGCUAGAAUUAAGAUUAGCGGUAGGGAAAGUCGGGCUCAAGUUCAGGGUUGUGCUAGGAUUUAGUGUUAACUGCAGAGUUAAGGUUUAGAGAAGGGUAAGGGUCACUAUUUGGGAACAGUUUUCUUUUACAUUAAGGUUACUGUUGGGAUUAGGACAUGUAAAUAUUUUGCCCUCAUCAAAAUUAUGCGCAGAUUCACCGUUAGUAACUGGGCGAAGCGUUCCUAUCCUCAUGUCCCGUUUGGGGAGUCAUAUAAGUCGGUUUUGCCGGCUGGUUUUCAUUCCGUAUUCAGAGCCUGGAUUCUAGCUUAGAAACUUAGGAUGAAUUGAGAUGCUACCACACUUCUAAAGGCGAAAAUAAGUGAGGCUUGAAUGGCCAGUUCGGUCGUAUUUGUCAGCAUCUGUCGCUAAUAACUCAAACCAUGUUACGGCGAACGCGUUAUCUUCUUAUGCUUGCGAUCAUGGAAUCAAAUUGGGAAAGUUGUCGCCUGCCUUUAUUGGGAUCCCGGUUCGAUAAUUAAAUUUUGCUCCGAGGCUCGAGGAAUGCGACGAAAAGAAAGCGACGCUCACGACUGGCUGUGAUAAUCCAGGUUGUUGCCAUCGUAGACGGUCUGAAAAAUGUGGGCAGUUUGUCGAAUGUUGUUGCAGACAGGGAUAGAUAGAAGAAAACCCGAGUCGGAGGUGCGUUUUGAAAGUCUUUAGCGUCAAGCUUAUUAACUAAGUAAAUCCUCCUUCAAACCUCAAAUCUACACGGCCUUUGGUCUGUUCCAGUUGGACUGCCGACGUCUGAUUAGACAUAAUGUUAGUUGAAAAUUUCAAUGAUAUGUCGAGUUUUGGACCUCUUUGUACUCAUCGGAGGACAUUCCUCAUCUGCUUCUUAUCAUUUUCUGCACCCACAUUAUUAAAUUGAUUUAAAUUUACCACGUCCCGCGUCCGUUUCAAAAGAACGCGAAUUACUGUAUGCCUGGUUAGCAAUGCCCUGCUGUUAACCGUAAUUUGUCGUCCUUGGUCGCAUUAAUCACCGUUUCGGUUAAAUUAUUCAAAAUGACUGAGGCCGUGAAGUUAAACCGGAAAAUCGUAAAGUUAAUUAACAGAAAGAAUUUGCUACAAAUGCAUCCCAGUUUGCUUUCUUGUUGUUCCCUUUUUACGACAAUCGGUUUUCUAGACUACUUCAGGUAGCGGAAAAAUACACGCAUUUUUAUCUGCCUAAAACCUAACAAUAGGGACUUUUUUGAAAACUAAGCAAACUCAAACAACGCUCUCCUCACUUCAAAUAAAUUACCCUGUUUUCCGCAUUUAGUGCGAUAUUUACGUAUACUGCCAGGCAAUUGCGACAACGGAGUACUCACCACCGAAGUCUUUAUUUCUUUCACUCAAAAUAGAGCCAAUAUUCGACCACCAAGUGUUAUUACACAACAAGGGCUGUCGUGCAGCUUUCGCUGCCACAAAUGAGCCCGUUCGGCAGUCUUUCCUCUUUCAACAGUGAUUGUCUAUUUAGAUCGGCUAUUUGCCACCCGGUGUUAAUGAUAGGACGGCCGUGUCUUACUUCGUUAGGACAAAAUGCAACCUGAAAAUCCAAGCCCUAUUUUCCGAAAUUUCCAGAAAAAAUAUUUUUUGCAGUUCCUGACGUUCGAAGCGUGUACCUUCUGUCCUUGUAACGUCAAUCUUCAGUGAACACCAUGUCUGGUUAAGAGUCACCAUAAAACCUAAUUACAUACUAACAAAUCCACACAAAGCUUACUAACUCUGAGUGGCUUUUUCGGCUUGAACAGUUUCAUAUAAAAACAUUCCGGAAAAUAUUGUUUGGGCCGGUUUAUAGUAGAGUCAGUGCAGCUGAUUUUGUAGACAGCUUUUCGAAAGCUGUUUUAUCCCCGUUAUAAGGUCGUUGGAAAGAUUAUAGAGGACAGAUUUACAGCUGCCUAGCGUGGAUUGGAUCGAAGACAAUCUGUACCCUCUGAUCGGACAUAUUGCAGCAAAAGUAGCCGUCGUAUACAGUGCCUUUCGCGUAAUCAAUCGGAGUGACGUAUCAUCACUCAAAUUCAGCACGGCAAGUCGUUAUCGCAAAGACAGCAGUGACGGCCAACAGAGUAGAGAAGUUCCCUAUGCACAGGAAAAACGGCUGUAUGACUUUACCGUUUAUCUCGGCUCAACGUAUCUCCUCUUCACGCUGAUAUUUUCCAUGUCUCAAAUCAUGUGUUCUACGAGCUCGCGCCUUUUUUCACGCCCUACCAAUAAUUGCGAUCUUAUCAGGAACUACAGUAGGUGGCUAAACUCAUGAAAUAUCGAUCGAAAUUUCAAAAUGCGCUUCCGUUUAGAAAAUAUUAAUAAAGUGGGAUUGUAAAACUAAACCUCAUGCAGCAUAAUUCUAUAACAAUUCAGUUACCUCAAGGUGCCGAACUUUGCACAAACUUCUUACCGGCUGCAUGCAUAAACUACACUCUGUGAAAUGCUUACUUAAGUAGCAUGCAUUGCCCUUAUUGAUUUUCGAAGUUCUUAAAAAUUCAACUAUAUUUAAUGAAAAGCAUACAUGAAAAUAUUUAUUAUGCGGCUCAUUCGGUAGAAAUGUGCAUCUUCUUUCAUUUUAUACUCGAAGAAAGGGUACUAUUCGGUUUUUAAAAGCUUUUAGAAUUCCCAAAUAAUUCUGAACCCGACCUGCCUUGCAUUCAGGGUUUCCAAGCUGCAAGCCGUAUAUUUCCCGCGUACGGAAGACCAUACAUUUCUCUACGGCAUUAAGAGGAGCCUAUAUGGGGUUCAUAAAAUUUAGCAGUGGAUUGUAUCCAUAUUGUUAAAUUUACAAGCCCCUUUGGUAAAUGCAGAGACUUGACGUUUUGUGAACGAACAUUUCACGGCAUUAAGAAAGCACACAGCUAGAAACUUUUUCAAGAAUUUUUGAAAAUCGAAUUAUGCACGUCCUUUGAAGAAGGAAGAAGACUUAUUUUUCUACCAGAGGAGCGACAGAAUGAAUAUUUUUAUGCAUAUUUUCCAAGAAAUAUAAUUGAAAUUUUAAGGGUACUGAAAAUCUGUGAGAACAUGCACUUUACUUUAGUAGUUAUUUUUAUAGAGUACGGUUUUUGCAUGCAGUCGGAAAGAAGUUCUUUCCAACGCCAGCAUUCUGAAGUAACUAAAUCAUGAUGGAAUUAUGUUGCAUGAGAAUUAGUUGUACAACCCCACUUAAUUAAUCCUUUCGAAACAAGAACGAAUUUGGAAAAAUUUCGGUUGACAUUUCAUGAGUUAGCACACCUAUUGUAUAAGGGAAGAGGAUGAGUCACGCCGGACUGGAUACUGCUAGACCUUUUUGCACCAUCGGCCCCUAAUAUCCCAACCCCCAAGGGCCGUCACACCCGAGGGUUGAUGUGAGAAUCAUUCUACCUGAACUUCCGGAACGCGUGUUCGGUAGAGCGUGGUCGAAGGUAUGAAAAUUCACAUGGGAGCAGCGUUUUCCAACCCAUGUUAAUUGCAGGAUAGAAAUGGAGCCCUUGAAAGAAUGCUGAAGUUCAUUCCGAUACUUUGACCUUUUGCGUAUCCGGUAAUAUGAUUAUGCCAAAUCACCUAACCAUCGGUAAAUUCUGCGUUUACUAAUUACUAGAGGAAUGGUAUCCCCGGUCAUCCAAGGAUACCUAAAAUAUGUGAUUUGUUUAAGCUGACGUCAGCAGCUGUGAACUUGAACUAGGAUAACGGAAAUACUGACAAUGUGAAAUGUGAGCAGCGCUGGCAUAUUAAAUCUUUCAAAUUUACGUUAUAAUGCAUGUUUUCUGAGUUGAAAACUUUAUUGUAAUAGAAUUAUUACAAGACUGGCGUAUUGGAUUAUCUUUAACAGUCCAUCCUAAAUGCCCAAGCAUGACGAACUCGUCAUAUAAAUUAAUGUCCUUUAGCCUAUGACGGUCCUCAGUCCUACAACCUCGGCAAUCCAGAUCUCCUUGAGACGCCAUCUGUCCAGGUUCUCCGUAUCGCGCGGAAUUCAUCACAGGACGAUAACUCACCAAAGGAGCACAACGCCGGAGGCCUUGGUGAGCAACAUGUGUCCUUUUUCUCGAACUUACACUUUUACUUCGAGAAAAUUCCCAGUUAUUGA